AUGGCGGGCUUGCCCAGCAUUGCGCGGAAGCGCCCGGGUCGAUGCCGCAACCAACGCUUGCCGAAGCUGAAGACCGCGCCUUCCGCGCAGAGCGCCGCCCCAGCGCCAGACCCAUUGGGCCCAGGUCCCAGCGUGACGUCAGCCUUGAGCCAGACGGAGCCCAGGUGGCUUGCCGAAUGCCGCGCCGGUCUGAAAGCGGUAGACCCCUGGAGUCAGUUGCUGGAGAGCCUGACCGGGGAGCCAGUGAAGUGGAGAGGGAAACACAGGCCAAACCGGCGACUCCUGGCCCAGAAGACCAUCCAGGGCAUUCUGAACCAGCAGUCGCAAUCGCAGAUGUCGCAGUAUAGCAUCAGCCUGGACGACCGCAAGUUUCGAAAGGUUUCCUCCACUGAAUCCAUGUCCUCUUCCCUCCGUGAUUCGGACACGGAAGUGGAUGCCACAGCUGGCAAGCCAGGGCCCACUGCAAGCAUUGAGCAGCAGAAAGCCGCAGAGAAUGUUGUCACAUUCAAAGACGAGCAUGAUCAUUCACCGCGAGUUUCUAUUGGAUCAGUGGAUGCACAUACAGCAUCAGAGAUGAGGCAGAGGAUGAAAACUACACUGCGAAGACGCAUCCACAGCAUCCGUGAGAUGGUCCUGAAGCAACGCAAUGAAAAUGAUGCACAGAAGAAGUAUGAACACAUUCCGCAAAAAGAGAAGGAUGCACUGGAGCGUGCUUUCUUCCAAUAUGACGCGGACCUGUCCGGCUACCUGGAGUGGGAGGAGGUCAUCCCUGCUUUGAGGGAGCUGGGCUUGUCAGGGUCCAACGCCAUUGAGAAGCGGGAAAUCUUGCAAGUCUGCCGCAACGUGAUGACCGCCACCAGGGUGCAAAAGAUCUACACCAGCUCCACGGGCUUGCAGCAGGUCUUGCUGGCGCAGAGGAACCGCAUGCAGAACCAGCCCCGUGUCAAGCUGGGUGUCUUAAGGAAAACAACGGCGGCAGGAGCAUCAGGAAAGAGAAGCUCCGGCACAGCGCUCGCAGAAGCCCGAAGCAUCAAACCCAUGGAACCUGCAAAGAAUGAGAAAAGCGAGAAGAGUGACGACAGGAAAAGUGAUGACAAGAAAGAGGAGCAUGGAAGCAGAGAAAGCCGAAGGAGCAGCUUUGCUUCCUCUGCAGGUGCGAGCAGCUCCCUGUCGGAAGGAAGCGGUAGCGAGGACUUCGAUGUGGGUUUGGACAUGGCACCCUUGGAGAAGGUCAGCUUCGAUUUCUUGACCUUUGCAGGGAUUUUAGUUCCAAAAGUGCGACAGCGACUUACAGAGUUACAAAGCACCACAGUCAUGCGGUACUUCUGCAACUUUGAUCGCGAAGGCACGGGCGCCAUCUCGGUGUUCAAGUGCGUGGAGAUUUCAAGAUGCCUUCGGAUGGACCAAGUUCUGAUGCUGGAUGCCUUGAAGGAGAAUGGAUUUACUCCAGAGAACUCAUCCUUGGUUGACUUCGACUCCUUUGAACAAUGUGUCAUGAGCUGUCGCGAGCACACGAACCGCCAGCAGCGAGAGCGAGAAAUCGAGAUCCUCCUAGAGAUGCACAUCAGACCUGAGCUCUUUGCGGAAUGCAGAGACACCAUUGCUCAAAUGUACGACAUCUUCCGACGUUGUGCAGGCGACGCUGGCUCCAUCGGUGUGAUGACAGCAAACGAUGCGUUCCUAGCAACGUACGAGCUGGGCAUGAUGCCCCGCGAAAGAUGGAGGAAAGAAAAGAUCAAGCAGUUCCUGGUCCCAGAAGAUGCUGAGGACUCCGUGUACAUGCAGGUUGAGCUCAACUUCGAGGAAUUCUUGGAGUUUCUGAGGAAGGUGCGGCUGCAGAACGACGGGCAGCGCCUGGAAGAGCUCACGGCGAAGUUCCUACGCUUGGACAAGGACCGCAAUGGAAGUUUGGACAUGAAGGAGCUGCAUGUCCUGCUCGAGGAGACGCAAUGCAUUCCUCGCACUCGAAAGGAGCAGGAGGAGGUACAGCAACUCAUCCAGUCAGUGGACGUGGAUGGGAAUGGAGUUAUCGAUUUCGAAGAGUUCAAGGAGUUGGUCCAGCGCAUAGACGAGAAGUUUGCCAGCUUGCGCUAUGAGUCGGAGGUGGAGUAUGCGGUUUCGAGAGGCUUCACCGAAGUUGAGCUCGGAAGCUUCCGCGCCAUCUUUGAGCACUUGGACGCCGACAACUCUGGGCGGCUGGAAAUGAGCGAGGUGCGGCAGUGCCUCAGCAUCAUCCAGCACAGAUCUACGUGGCAGGCCUUUGAUCAGACCUGGCGAGCGUUAGACAAGGAUGCGUCAGGCAGUCUGGAUUUUCACGAGUUUAUUGAUUUUAUGAGGACUAUGCGCGAUGGCGAAGGCGUGUUUGCCGUAGACUUCGAUCAGAAACUCCCGCAGCAUGUGAACAAGCUCGACGAGAGGACUCUUCGCUCCGUUUUGGGGCACUACGGCCUCUCAAAGUCUUACCUCUGGGCAUUGGACAAGGGUCAGCUGAUGCAGCGCUUCUGCGACUGCAUGGUGGUUAGUCCCAAUGAUUCCUUCCAGGACAUGCUAAAGAUUUCUACCUUGAACGACCUCGUCAAGUUGGCCAAGGAGAAGGGCGAAGCAUUGGCCAACUUGCUCUUGUAG